CUGCUUUAAGAGCCCAGAGAUGUGGAAAAAGUGCACAGAGACUUUAAAAUCAUCUGAAACGCACACAGAGACGACGCAGAGCAGGUUGAUCCCGUGCUCCAGUUCUCCAGCUGCUGUGUGUCUACAUGAUGGAGCGAUCCACACAGGAGCUCUUCCUGAACUUCAUGAUUGUUCUGAUUACCGUUCUGCUGAUGUGGUUACUGGUCAAACAGUAUCAGGACUCAUGAGGAGAGAAGAGCCUUCAUCUUCAUCUUUAUCUGUGAGGACGAUCUUGCAGGAGUUCACAGUCCAGACCAUCCUUCAAAUGAACAACAGUUUGUGCUCAUGGAUUAUUGUCAUUAUGAUCUGAUGGUCAAACACUCAUACUGCCAGACAAAAGAGUCCAGAUGUACUGAUUUAGUACAGAUUUAUUUGCUUCAAUAAACUCUUUGGCAAUGCA